GAGUAUUUCAAGAGGACUUGUAGUCUGUGUCAUAAUUACACGGAGUUUUAUCGAAAAAAAUAUAGACAGCUUAUCCAACCUGCACGGCAAAUAUGUACGCCCCUCAUACAUACAUACAUGCCGCAUAGCCCUAACAUCCACUCUAUGCCAAAGUCCAAUGCAAUACCAUCUCAAAACCAACACACAAAACAAAACAAAAACAGACACAAACACAACACCGUCAAAAUAAACUCUCCAACGCACCAAGGCCCGCCCCGACUGACACACGGACACGCAACUACUCAACCGUCCCACCUCGGAAACCUCCGUCAUCUCGGACGUGCGGAAGACGUUGGCCCCUCUCAUUCUCCCCUUCCUCUCCCCCGGGACAACGUGCCUGUGCCUGUCAAUCAGGGGGGCUUGUGUGGACCGAUCGAUCUUGAUCCUUCCCGUGCCGUUUGAAUUUAGUUU